AUGGAGUCGAACAACAUUAAUCAUAAUAAUAAUAAUAGUACCAUGGAAACCGACCAAAGUAUCUGGGAAAUCUAUUCCAAUGCUAAAAAGUUACUCUUUUUCAAACCAAGAAUGGAUUAUCGUGUUGAACGUGAAAGCUGCAAAAAUGUGCAAACCCAGAAGAACAUGAAUAAUCUUGUCGAUGAAGAUGGUAUGGUAUCGACAAUCUUUGAAAACGAAGAGAAUAUUAGACUGAAAACCAAUGAUUUCACAGACUUUUCCCAGUUCCUUGACUUUGAUGCCAACCCCGAAUUGAAUUUCAUGAAUGAUUCGUUGGUAUCAACAACAAAAAUCAACAUCACUUCAACAAACAAUACCUCAAAACCUAAUAAUAACCAACACAAAAAUGAACACAAUAUCAAGACCAUAAAAUUUAAUCCAAUGCCGUCGCCGACUUCUGAUUCCUAUGGCGGAUCCUCGACAAAUUCGCGAUCAAGAGCCAACAGUUUUACGGGAAAUAGUGGCAAAAACGACAGUAUAAUAACACCCAGGGAGAAGUUUAAUCAAGGGAUCACAGGAAUACCGACUAAUGGGAUUGCCACGCCCGUUUCAGCAGCUGAAAGUCCCUGUACGACUAUUACCAAUAAUGGUAAUAGUGCUACUGUUAAUGAAGAAUUCAAUUCACUCAUUGAUAUCUCAACUCUAGCAGGAGGAGCCAAGACAUCACCAUCAUCACAAGAACUUGACAAUGAUAUAGAAAUUUCGGGUCAAAUAAAGGCCCCAGUACCUACUCUGCUGGUUCAACAAAAACAACAAUCAGAACCAUUGCUAAAACAAUAUCCAUCGAAAAAGACCUUGGAAUCUCACACUCAACCUAUCCCAAUUAAGGUUGACCAAUCAUCAUCAACUGACGUCAAAUCUCCUAGUUCGGUAACGUCAACCAACAGCACCAUCAAAACUGACAACUCCAAAAAUAAACCUGUGACAACAUGCUCAAAUUGUCAAACCACAAAAACUCCACUUUGGAGAAGAAAUAAUGAUGGUAACACUCUUUGUAACGCCUGUGGUUUGUUUUUGAAAUUACAUGGAACAAUGAGACCUUUGACUUUAAAAACUGAUGUCAUUAAAAAGAGAAAUUCCAAGAAGAAUCUCCUUAGAAAUACUUCAUCAGGAAACCUUCUGAACUAUGGAAGAAAUAGUUACUCGAGUAGCAAUCUUUCAAACUCUUUUCAUUUCCAACCAGUACAUUCCCAAAAAAUUGCUAUCAAUUCUCCAAAUUCACAAAUAAUGUUCGAUGUUAAAAUGAACCGCCAACACCCAAGAUCUUACUCAAAUAAUGGCCAAUUCCCCGAAAACAACACUCCUUCAAAUAACCAUGUUCUCAUACUUCCAAAACCUAAUCAAUCAAAAUCCGUCAGUGACAACAUGAGUGAUUGUUCAUCUAGUUCUGCACCAUCGAUCAGAAUUAGCAAAAACAGGGGUGGAAGAUUAAGACAUUCGUCUUCAUUUGUCCUGUCUCGUCAUGGGAGUAGUGUCAACUUGGCUCAAGCCGACGAUUCAUUAAUGUCUCCAAUUUCGCCAAAUGAGUCGGAAUUUUCCAAUAAUGAGGCAUUUGAAAUUUUCAAUUCACAAUCAUGUGGCGGCAAUGUUUCUCAGCCUUCUUCUUUGGGGAGUAAUCUCAAGGGGUUCCAAUCUAAAUCUAAGAAUAAUUUUGCGAAAAAUUCCCUCACUUUAGACAUGAAUUCUAAAAGAAUGCCACUGUCAUCUACCAACGGUAUACAAGUUCGAAGCCCGUCAUUUGUUAAUCUUAAUAGUCCUUUCAUACCUCAAAUGCCAGUGCCGUAUGGUAUGCUAAAUCAACAACAACCACCACCACCAAUACCAUUACCACUACCACAGCAAUCGCUGCAACAUCCUGCUUUGCAUUCUUUUCCACCCAAAGUGAUCUCUCAGCAAGAAUUCACUCCGGCCAAUGGUCCAAGCACCAUAAAUAGUGAUUUCAGUGAAUUGAUGACUCCAGAAUAUCAGACGGAUUUCCUUAACAAUAACCUGGGGUUUUUUGAUAUGAAUUUUGAUGAUUCACAGGCGGAAGCAAGAAAAUCUCAAGAAGUUAAGAAAGCAAGUACAAUCGAUACCAAAGAUUUGGGCUGGUUAGGGUUCUGGUGA